AUUUCACAUCCACAAAAAUAGAACUUUUACCUCCCACUGAUCCCACUAAUGCGUUCUGGUGGCUUCAUGCAUCUGGCAGCCUUCAGUACCGCCAUGGCCCCCCUCUCAGCACGAGAAUCUCGUGGCAUAGUGUCAUAGCUGCAAAGUGGAGUUCUAUCCUCAAAUUUCAUAGGAAAUAGUCCAACUGUAUAUUGAAAGAUUAUGCAAAUCUUCAAGGAGCAUCUAAUCAAUCACCGCGGUGUGAGAGGAAUGCAGCCCAUCGCUGAAUUAGCUUCUGUUGGAAUGUAUUCAUGUGUAACAUCCCACUGACUGGAUGACAUCACAACAGCUCCAGGUCCUUGAAAGUCUUGAGGAUGAUUAGCUGAAGGAAUUGGCUGUUUCUGCCAAUCAUAAUCCGGCAAAGCUGCCUUUAUAGUUCUGGAGAUAUGAGAGAGAGGGAGGGAGAGAAAGACCGACUACAGCUAAACAAGAGGCACAGCAGCACUAGCAACAGCAGAGCAGGAGCAGCUGGUAUUCCGGUGAUUAAAUAGUUCUCAUAGCCUUUUUGCUGUACUCGGUCUGCUCCCUGGUGUAAUUCUCGUGUCCAAGAAGGAAGCUGCAUUUUAACGGUGUGCUGAACAGAGGUUUGAAUCAUUCCAGCUGGCUGCUUGUUUUGAAAAGGACAAUGUGUGUAUAAAUAAAAGGACUCUGCUGGAAGAGUUCAGAUACUAAGACUGGAGCUAGAGAGUGCUCUUGGAAUAUUGUUGAGGCAGAUUGCAUGAACUGAAAGCUCCUUCUAAUUAACCUGGAGCCAAGUGAACCUGAAUACUGGAUAUCUCAUGUUCUAACUCGGGAUAAAUUCAAGUUAGGAAAAGACAAAAUAUUGAAAUGCUUCUCUAGAUUAUGCUUAGAGGAUUCUGCAGCAAUUCUUGAUAUUGGACAUAUUCAAAAUCUCCUCAACUUAUGUCCUCCCCGUCUAUUGCCUUCCAGCUUUAACUCAGUUGUGCUCCCUUCAAACAUUUUACAUGAUUUGCAAUGGUUACAUGAACUCUGGGGAAGUCAUAUUUGCAACAUCUCAUACUUUAUUCACUAUGGCACUUUAGGAAAAGAAAUUGGGGAAAAGUUUCCAAAACAUUAUCUUAAAAAAUGAAUCUUAUUGUGAAACUUCGGAGAAGUUUUCGAACAUUGAUUGUUCUCUUAGCUACCUUUUGCUUGGUGAGCAUUGUCAUUUCUGCCUAUUUUCUCUACUCUGGCUACAAACAGGAAAUGACAGUUAUUGAAACCACUGCAGAAGCAGAAUGCGCUGACAUCAAAAUUCUACCAUAUCGGGCAAUGGAGCUGAAAACAGUUAAACCUAUUGAUACAUCCAAAACUGACCCUACUGUCCUUCUCUUUGUGGAGAGCCAAUACUCUCAACUCGGUCAAGAUAUCAUAGCUAUUUUGGAGUCCAGCCGAUUUCAGUACCACAUGGUCAUUGCCCCUGGAAAGGGAGAUAUACCUCCUCUUACAGAUAAUGGCAAAGGGAAAUAUACUUUAGUUAUUUAUGAAAAUAUUCUGAAGUAUGUCAGCAUGGACUCAUGGAAUCGAGAGCUUUUAGAAAAAUACUGUGUGGAAUACAGUGUUAGUAUAAUCGGUUUUCAUAAAGCCAAUGAAAACAGCUUACCAAGUACACAAUUAAAAGGCUUUCCGUUAAACCUUUUCAAUAAUCUAGCUCUAAAGGACUGUUUUGUUAACCCUCAAUCUCCUUUGCUGCAUAUUACCAAAGCCCCCAAGGUUGAGAAAGGCCCUCUUCCUGGGGAAGACUGGACUAUUUUCCAAUAUAAUCAUUCAACCUAUCAGCCUGUACUUUUAACUGAAUUACAGACAGAAAAAUCCCUUUCAUCCUUGUCUAGCAAAAAACUAUUUGCAACGGUGAUUCAGGAUCUGGGGCUUCAUGAUGGAAUUCAGCGAGUACUUUUUGGCAACAACUUGAACUUUUGGCUGCACAAGCUCAUCUUCAUAGAUGCCAUCUCCUUCUUGUCAGGGAAGAGGCUGACAUUGUCCUUGGACAGGUACAUCCUUGUGGACAUUGAUGAUAUAUUUGUUGGGAAAGAGGGAACAAGGAUGAAUGUCAAAGAUGUGAAGGCAUUACUAGAGACUCAAAAUUUACUGCGCACUCAGGUUGCAAAUUUUACCUUCAACCUUGGAUUUUCAGGGAAGUUUUACCACACAGGGACUGAAGAGGAAGAUGAAGGAGAUGACCUUUUACUUCGGUCUGUGGAUGAGUUCUGGUGGUUUCCUCAUAUGUGGAGCCACAUGCAGCCCCAUCUCUUCCACAAUGAGUCAUCUUUAGUAGAGCAGAUGAUUCUCAACAAGGAAUUUGCACUGGAACAUGGAAUACCAAUCAACAUGGGCUAUGCUGUGGCCCCACAUCACUCAGGGGUCUACCCGGUUCACAUUCAGCUGUAUGCAGCUUGGAAGAAGGUCUGGGGUAUUCAAGUCACCAGCACUGAAGAAUAUCCACAUCUGAAACCUGCCCGGUACAGAAAGGGCUUCAUUCACAAUAGCAUCAUGGUCCUCCCUCGACAGACUUGUGGGUUGUUCACUCACACUAUUUUCUACAAAGAAUAUCCAGGAGGACCCCAAGAACUGGAUAAAAGUAUCAGAGGAGGUGAACUUUUUCUCACAAUCCUUCUAAACCCAAUCAGCAUUUUCAUGACCCAUUUAUCAAACUAUGGAAAUGACCGCCUAGGGUUGUAUACCUUUGUGAACUUGGCCAACUUUGUGCAGAGCUGGACCAACCUGAAAUUGCAAACUCUGCCUCCAGUGCAGCUGGCCCACAAGUAUUUUGAGCUCUUCCCUGAGCAGAAAGAUCCUCUAUGGCAGAAUCCAUGUGAUGAUAAACGACACAAAGACAUCUGGUCCAGAGAGAAAACUUGUGACCACUUACCAAAAUUUCUAGUAAUUGGUCCACAAAAAACAGGAACAACUGCACUUUAUUUAUUUCUUCUAAUGCAUCCUUCAAUCAUCAGCAAUCUCCCUAGUCCAAAGACAUUUGAGGAAGUUCAGUUCUUUAAUGGCAACAACUAUCACAAGGGAAUAGACUGGUAUAUGGACUUUUUCCCUACACCAUCCAAUACUACAAGUGACUUUCUGUUUGAAAAGAGUGCUAAUUACUUUCAUUCGGAGGAAGCUCCCAAACGAGCUGCAUCUCUUGUCCCCAAAGCCAAGAUCAUCACCAUCCUUAUUGACCCCUCAGACAGGGCAUACUCUUGGUACCAGCACCAACGAUCACAUGAAGAUCCAGCUGCUCUGAGGUUCAAUUUCUAUGAAGUUAUUUCAGCAGGACAUUGGGCUCCAUCUGACUUAAAAACUUUGCAGACAAGAUGCCUAGUACCUGGAUGGUAUGCAGUCCACAUAGAAAGAUGGCUAACUUACUUUGCUACUUCUCAGUUGCUAAUUAUUGAUGGACAGCAGCUGAGAUCUGACCCAGCUACUGUGAUGGAUGAAGUCCAGAAGUUUCUGGGAGUUACACCUCAUUAUAAUUACUCCGAAGCACUAACGUUUGAUCCCCAAAAGGGUUUUUGGUGUCAAUUACUGGAAGGAGGAAAGACAAAAUGCCUUGGAAAAAGCAAAGGCCGAAAAUAUCCACCUAUGGAUCCAGAGUCUAGAACUUUCCUCUCUAAUUACUACCGAGAUCAUAACGUGGAACUAUCCAAACUGCUACACAGACUGGGACAGCCUCUGCCGUCAUGGCUGAGACAGGAGCUGCAGAAAGUGAGAUAGCACUGGAGACAAGAACCAAGCCUCUCAAGAUACUUCCAGUG